AUGGCGUUGCUCACACUUUCUCGCGGCGCCGUCGCCGCCUUGAUCGGCCUUGGGUUCGCAUCUCUCCAUCUCUUCGGCGAGUCCAACACACUGUUCCCAACGAUCGUUGAGCAUCGAGACAAGCAUCUCCUUCCGACACAUAACACAUGGACCACAAAAUCGUUUCCGACGAGUUUUACCGGCUAUGAUUCGCCAGAUAGCUUGCUUUCAACGCUGCUCGUCUUCUUCUGGCCCAUAGUUGAUGGCGAGAACCCUGCUGCCAGCUUGAUCGGCUUCGUCUUUGGCGCCCAAGGCGUCGCGUUUUGGACCGUGAUGGUACUCGAGGGAUUGAGGAAUAUGAACAGUGGGCGAGUAGUCUCCUUCACGACGGCCUGGGGCCUUCUCAUCCAGGUGGUUGGCUUAGCCGUGAUAGGACCAGUCUACCUGACUCUUUAUCUCUUCACCUCGCCACUAAUUAUUUCGGCGAAAGCUCUCACGCCGUCAGAUUUGGCGAUCCCCGAGGGCCUCCUGACGGGGAUUCCAUUUGGGACGAUCAUUGGCCUGAUUCUACCGACAGUCCUGAUGUCGCUUCCUGCACCGAGCAUGCUAUCCGUUUCCUCUAAGAUCACCGCCAUCUUGGUUUGGCAGCCCUUCCCACUCUGGGUGACCGUGUACACGUUCAUCUGGAAGGCAGUGUUCUGGCCAACGAUCACUUAUCAAAGCGAGGCCGAUGCCCUCGCCAAUCAGCUACCACUGCUCCGCCACGUCUACAAGUUCGCGCUGGCCAUCAGUGUGCCAGCUCAUCUCGCAACGAUGACGCUCUCACUCUGCGCAGGCGUCUUCUGUCCUGGCAUGUUCACUGUGUUUGCACAAAGCGAGCUCAACCCACUCAGCGUAUUUAUUCCGCCUAACCCGUUCUCCGACACCAAAGCCGCCACCGUCGCCGAGGGUGCCAAGUGGUUCCUUCAGUAUGACUAUAGUAUUUUCGCAACAGCAUUCCUCAUCUGGGCUCUCGCGAGCCGCUAUGCUAAACCCGUGGCAGGCGCGAGCCACGGCGACUCGAACUCUAUCGGCAUCGGCACGGUGUUGGACCUUGUUGGCAGAGUCGCCCUGCUUGGUCCGUUUGCCACGGCUUUGACCCUCAUCUGGGACCGCGACGAGGCCGUCUUUGCUGGAGCAAGUGCCGUUUCCGCAAAGAAGAGCGCAUAG